UGCAGGGGAGGGGCGGGGAAGGGGACUGGGGGCGGGGGGAUGGACGGGAAGAGAGGAAGUCAGGGACCCGGAGAAAGGAAGAGACGGAGACAAAGAUGAGGCACUACAGACCCAGCACAGGGACCUGGAUAAGGACGGGACCAGACAGGGGUGGGUGGGUGACUGGCUGGGCCCCGAGGGUCAGAGGGUGGAGAACACGGGGUGGGCCUGCUGGGCCUCUUGGCUUGAGGCCGGCCACACACCUGGAACCCCCAGGGCACCUGCUGCGGGACAGGGACAGCGUCCCCGAUGCCCCCCCAGGCACAGCUACAGCACAGAGGACCAGGGGGCUGCCUGGCUGGAGAGCAUCACGCUUUCUAGCCAGCACCAGGAAGCCCCCCUUUUAUCCCCUUUCCCAGGAGUCCAGGCUGGCGGAGACGGAGAGCUGCAGGCCGACUCACACCUGGCCCCGGGCUCUGGCUGUAAUAAUGGGGCUGUGGUGGCCACGCGACCAGAAAGCCGGGGAGGAAGACCUGCGGCUCCGUGAGAGGCAUCCAGGGCUGCAGGCCACGGCGACAGGCUCCGGGGAACAUGGGGCUUCCCCUGUCCCCUCCCAAGGAGUGUGGGCCUCAACGCAUUGACAGGGGACAGCUGUGUGCCCUCUCCAGACCCCACCCUCAGCACCAUUUAUUAGAAAUAAUAAAGUUCUUUGUUAACUAGCGGUGCUGUUUCCUUUCUGGAUGGGCCCGUGCCUGGUAGGCCAGGCUGUCUUGGGUUCCUCCCAGCUCCAGGCCUGGCCCUGUCGCCAGGAGGCACCUGCCCUGGUUGAGCUCUUGAGGCCCGGUGUUCCUAUUCAGGCACUGUCACUGUCUUCUGACGAAGCAGCUGUGUCCCCCAGUCCCUGAUGCUGACAUCCCCAGAUGCUUCUCUGCACUCAGUCCGCCCAUGUCACCUGAAGCCCCAUAUGUGUAGUUGAUCCCUCAAUGUCAUCUGCAGUCCUAUUUGUCCACCAGGUCCCUGUCACCUGCAGCCCCGCCUGUGCAUCUGGCCCAUGACUGUCACCUGCAGCUCCAGCCGUGUACCUAGUCCCUGACCUGUCACCUGCAGCCGCUCUGUGCUCUGUCCUUGACUGUCACCUGCAGCCCUGUCUGAACACUCUGCCCCUGACUCUGUCAUCUCUAGAUGCUGCAGCCUGUGGAUGUCCCAUUUGCUGGUCCCUAACGUCUCCAAUGGUGGGGCACUCAGCUCUUGCUCAAGACCACCUGAGAUCUCAGAGGAGCGUGCUGACUUGGGCACAAUCAUGAAGAAGGUGUUUGCUCCACCUCCUGCUCUGACUGUAACUUUCCUGAGACCUCCCAGCCAUGCAAACCGACUGGUCCUUCCUGCCGCUCAGAACCAAGCCCACUCCACGCAGAGAUCACCCGGGAGAACCCGGACUCCCUCCAGUCCUCCUUCCCCGCCGGGUGCAGCUCUUCCUCCUCACUGUAGGCUGGAAACCAGGAUGCCUGGCUCCCUAGGUAUGGACGAGGUGGGAUAGAACGGGGAGGGCGGGUGGCCAGGUCUGAAGGAGACCCCUGGGUGCCUGGAAGCAUGCAGGGCACAGCACAGCAGCUCCGGCCAUCUGAAUUUCCGGGGGACAUUGGACAGUGGGAAGUGAGGGAUGCCCAGGACUGAUGGAGGGGAGGAUUCUGGGUUCUUGAGAGAAUGUGGGGUCAGAGUGAGAAGCAAGGGGGGGCCCCCGGAAGGCUGGGCAUGGGGUUCUGGGGCUAGGACAAGCAAAAGGCAUGCAGGUGUCUGGGAGGGAGGUGUUACAGUGACACCUUUCCAGCCUGCACUCCUGUCCCUGCCGCUGACCCCAACGCGAGCUCCUGGCCUGAGUCCAACGGGACAGCCCUGCAGGAGCUGGUGAUCAUGGGCUGCUCCGCAUGCUGCACUUCGCCCUCCUCUUGCCGCUCUACCUGGCCACCCUGGCGGGGAACCUUCUGAUCCUGGGCUCGGCCCUGGUGGACCUCGCCCUGCACUCGCCAAUGUACUUCUUCCUGGGGGCAGUGUCCACAGUGGAGGCAGCCUACACGCUGGUGCUCACGCCACGCAUGCUGGCCGGUGUCCUCCUGCCCCUUCCACCUGCGCUGCCCAGAUGGGCCUCUUUGUGGCCCUGGGGGGCUCCGAGUGCCUGCUGCUGGCUGCCAUGGCCCUCGACUGCUACCUGGCUAUCUGCUGCCCGCUCUACUACCCUCAGCUCAUGACCGUAGACGUCUGCUGGGGCCUGCUGGCCGCCUGCUGCGCGGGUGGCUGUAUCCUGGCCCUGGGCCUCACCACCGCCAUCUUCCAGCUGGCCUUCUGCCGUGGUAGCCUGGUCAACCACGUCUUCUGUGACCUCCUGGCCAUGCUGGUGCUGGCCUGCGGGUCCCAGGCCCCACAGGGCGCGUCCUCCUGGUGCCCUGCCUGCUGCUGCUGCCCCUGCUCCUCAUCCUGCUCUCCUACACCUGGGUGCUGGUGGUCGUCCUGGGCAUUUGGAGGGUCGCAGGCCGCCGCAAGGCCUUCAACACGGUGGCAUCCCACCUCACCGUGGCCGUGCUCCACUACGGCUGCGCCACAGCCAUGUAUGCCAGGCCCCUGAGCAGCCGUUCCCUUGAGGAGGACAAGCUGGUCUCGCUCAUCUACGUCGUCACCCCGCUGCUGUACCAGCCACCUACACACUGCGGAACCAGGACAUAGAGGAGGCCCUGCAACGCAUGGUCGGCCAGAGGACGCCGGGGAUGGGUCACCAGGUGGAUUUCGCCUGAUGCUGGGUGCCAAGCAGUAUCUGUCCUGAGAUUUCCCCCACUGAGGGGAAUCUCACCAUUUCGGAGCCAUCUAAGCCUCCCCAACGCCUACUGGAUGUAAACGUAAGUAUGGCACGCAAGGACCGCCAAUCCAACACCAGCCUAGCGCUGCUGCGUCUGUUGAUGUCUUGUGCUGGAUGGUUCUUUGCUGUUGAGGGAUGUCCCAUGCAUUAUAAAAUGCUCAGCCACCCCCUGAAUCUUUCUCUAUUCACUGGAUGCCAGUGGCACCCUCCACCCCACUCCCCUACGUGAUGAUCAAAAAUGUUGUUGGGCUCGGCGCACUGGAGCACUUUGGGAGGCCAAGGCAGGAGGAUCUCGAGCCCAGGAGGUUGAGACCAGCCUGG